UUUGCCCUUUCCUAUUCUUACCCUUUCACAGACAACAUAGAUAGUAACUACAUUCUCAGAUUUUCAUUAUUUGACAAUGGUUUCUUCAACAACAGUGGUAUCGCGGAGAAGAACCCAAGCUCCUAAACCACACUCAAAGUCCAAACAGAGUGAAAAUGUAGAAGACGAUUACGGCGACACCUUGUGUGAGAAAUGUGGAUCCGGAGAUAACGCAGCUGAGCUCCUGCUUUGUGACAAAUGCGACCGCGGAUUUCACCUCUAUUGCCUCACACCCAUUCUUGCAUCCGUUCCCAAAGGCUCCUGGUUCUGCCCCUCUUGCGUUAUUAACAACGAAAAGCUAACCAAGUUUCCUCUCAUGCAAACAAAGAUAGUUGAUUUCUUCCGGAUUGAGAGACCAUCAAAGUCAUUUUUCAAUCUUAGUCCAGGCAAAGAUUGCCAGAAAAAGCGAAAACGUAGUAGUUUGGCAAUGUCAAAGAAGAAAAGAAGGUUAUUGCCCUUUAAUCCUACUGAGGAUCCUACCCGGAGAUUGGAACAAAUGGCAUCUCUUGCUACUGCCUUGUCAGCAUCCGGAGCAGAUUUCAGUAAUGAACUUACUUAUAUGCCAGGCAUGGCCCGAAGAUCAGCUAAUCGUGCAUCACUUGAGCGAGAAGGAAUGCAGGUAUUAUCGAAAGAAGAUACAGAAAUUUUACAUUUGUGCAAGAACAUGAUGAAACAGGGUGAAUGGCCACCACUUAUGGUUGUUUUUGAUCCCAAAGAAGGAUUUACUGUUGAAGCAGAUAGAUCCAUAAGAGACUUGACAAUAAUUACUGAAUAUGUUGGAGAUGUUGAUUACUUGAAGAAUCGGGAAACUGACGAUGGUGAUAGCAUGAUGACUCUUUUAACUACUAGUGAUCCCUCAAAAAACCUCGUCAUUUGUCCUGAUAAGCGCAGUAAUAUUGCUCGUUUCAUCAAUGGGAUAAACAACCAUACACCUGAUGGGAAGAAGAAGCAGAAUGUAAAAUGUGUGAGAUUCGAUGUUAAUGGUGAAUGCCGAGUUUUGUUGAUUGCAAGCAGAGAUAUUAGAAAGGGAGAGAGGCUAUAUUAUGAUUAUAAUGGUUAUGAGAAUGAAUAUCCAACAGAACACUUCGUCUGACCUCAUAGGAUCCAAAGAUCUGUUUACUCUACAGAUUUUUGUAGUAACUGAUUUGUCCAGCUUUUGCUUCUAAUAUUUUUUAAUUUAUCGACAUAAAUCACUGCUCUGUAAACACAACGGCAGGGUGGAAGAGAAUGAUUUUGUUUUGGGUACAGCUAAUGCAAAAGAUCCAUAGUUUAUGGUCUAAUUGUCCAUUCUGACAUUUCUACCUUAAAGAUAGUUUUGGCCUCAUGAAGUUGAGAA